UGCUUAUUUGUUGCUGCGGUUUCUGCAAUGCGGGUCAGACACGUAAUAUUCGUCACUCUGCUAUGUGCUCUGGGACGCGUUGUUCUUGGAUCGGCAGCAUUGCUUGAUAGUCCGCCAUACGUGUUUGCCAGCUGGUCAUGGCAGAUCGAGUUCAACUAUCCAUCCAACGAUACGUCCGAUGGCAGCACCAAUACCACGUCGUACACUUUCAUUCCGAGCGGAACAACACUAUCUUUGAAUGACACUGUGUACGCAGAAUCGGAGAAUAAAACUAUUUUAAUGGAUGUUCAGACAGACGUCAGUGGAUCUCAGUUAACCGAAUGCAGCAUGGUUAUUUAUAUACAGCGAGAAAAGGACUACUUUGCCUGGACCAACAUGUCACUCAUAUUCAGUUUUGACGACGCGGGAGCAGCUCAGCCAUUUCCACGUGAAAAACAAUACCUGAACUCAAGUACAAGUAAAAAAUUUAUGACACGAGUAAGCGAUGUAUACGAAUGCCAGUCACCGAUACCGGUCGCUUUUGGUGCCAACGUAUCGGUGGUAUUCCGAAACAUGACUUUUCAAGCAUUCGAUGCGGUAUCCGAUCCUGGAGAUAACAGAGCUCGUGAAACUUGCCUCAGGGAUUUCAAGACAAACAUUCCAAUCACAGCCCUUACUGGCGCUUCGCUUCUUGUAAUCGUCGUGAUAGGUGCGGGAGGGUUCGUUUUGAACUUGUUUCUCACGCGACGGAAAGCUAAGGCUAAUUGAUACUCACAGGCCAUCCCACUUCAAGCUGUUAACUAAUCAGUACUUGAAACUUGAUGCUGGAUGCAUCCGUCAACGGCUGUUUUGUAUUUUCCUAAACUGUGCGUCCUAACUGUAACUAAGAUUUGUCAUAUCUUACGUCUCUUCCUUUUUCUGCAUGCGUCGUUUUUUCCGUGAACUGAGUAUUAUUAGCGCUCUAAUGGAAACCCCCUUCUAUGUGUAUAUCAAUGUGUGUGAUAUCAUAACAAAAAAU